AUGCUCCCGCUCGUCGCGCGUCACGCGCGCGUCGCGCGUUCGCUCGAGUCCGACGCGGCCUCGGCGUCGUCGGUCGACGACGACGGCGCGCUCGAGCGCUCGAUCGCGCGGAAUCGUCGCGAGAGACGCUCGAGGCGGUUGGAUGCGGCGAUUCGACCGACGUUUUUUGAGCUCAUCGCCGCCGAACGGCUCGCUCCGAGCCUCAAGGGCGCGCUGGCGUACGCGUUGGGCACGCUGGCGAACGCCGGCGCGCCCGGGUUCGCGCACUACGCGCUCGACCGCGGCGAUGAGGUGUUCGCGGCGUUGACGUUUUUGGCCGAGCUCAAGUCGUUCGCGAGCGGCGACGGGUCGCUCGCGGAGAGCGUGUACGGACUGCAGCGCGUGCCGAGAACGCUGACGGAUGCGAGGGUGAGACGCGAUGGAAGGUAUAGGAUCGAUGCGUGGCAGCGAAUCAUGAGCGCGGCGUUGCUGGCGCUCGGGCCGUACGCGCGGAGCAAGGCGGCGGCGCUGCACGAAACGCUCGCGCCCGAGUGUUACUUGGACGCGCGACGACGCGCGCCGCGAGUGUUUGACUCGAAUGCGGACGAUAUGGGGGUGCGUGAGGGCGCGGAGGCGAACGCGGCCGCGGUGGUGGCGGCGAGAAACGCGGAGGGAGGCGCGCGGGGCGUCGCGAAGCGGGCGUUCGUCGCGGCGUAUCCGGUGGCGAACGCGUUGGUGGAGGCGGCGACGUUCGUGACUUGGACGGGGUACUUACUCGGACGAUGGAACAUAAACGAUCCAACGUUGAUGCUCGUCGAUUGUUACGUCGUACGGGCGUUGCCCUCGGAGCUGGAGGCCAACGCGCGAGAACUCGAGGGGAGUCGACAGCGACAACUCGCCGGCGCGCACGCGUCGAAGAACGCCGCGACGCGCGCGUUGAGCGUCGGCGCGCUCAAGACGAAGAACUUCGUCAUGGACUACGCACAAUCAGCGCUCAUCGCAGCCGUGAUCGGGUUUAAACUCACCGAAUGGUGGUACGGCGCGGCGGAGGAGCGCGUAGUCAACGCGACAACGCUUCCGGUGCCGCCGCCGCCGCCGCGACCGCCACCGCACCCGAACGGCAUUGCACUGCCCGAAAACACCGAUUUGUGUCCGCUGUGUCGGAAAGUCAUUCGUAAUCCGGCGGUAUUGACGUCUUCUGGAUACGUGUUCUGCUACGCCUGUCUCUACGCGCACGUCGAUAGAUACGGCGACUGCCCUGUGUCGUGUCAUCGCGCCUUCAACGGCGUCGACGACAUUCGCCGCAUUUACGUGGGCAAUUAA